ACUGUUGUGUGGGGAAACAAGACUAUCUGUAAGAUAAACUGUUGCUGACUGUUGUGUGGGGAAAACAAGACUAUCUGUAAGAUAAACUGUUGCUGACUGUUGUGUGGGGAAACAAGACUAUCUGUAAGAUAAACUGUUGCUGACUGUUGUGUGGGGAAAACAAGACUAUCUGUAAGAUAAACUGUUGCUGACUGUUGUGUGGGGAAAACAAGACUAUCUGUAAGACAAACAGCGAUAAAAGACAAAAACAAAGUAAAUGAUGUUCAUACCUAUGAUAAAAGACAAAACCAAAGUGAUAAAAGACAAAACCAAAGUGAUAAAAGACAAAAACAAAGUAAUAAAAGACAACAAUUAAGUAAAUGAUGUAUGAAUGAGCUGCAAGCGCCAGGCAAUUCCCAUCAGGCCUUGCGGGAAACAAACCGGAAGUAAAUUCCGUCUGGUCAUCUCUGGAAGUCAGAAAGGACUAAACAAGAAACUAUCUGUAAAACUUCAAUUCAUAAAAAACACACUUUUAUGCAAACACAUUCUGUACAUACGCACUAUAUGAGCUACUAGCGCCAGACUACAACACCCACGAGGCAUUGUGGCGAAAACACCGGAAGUACAUUCUGUGUUGUCUGGCUGGGAGAAAGUAGCUGAAACAAGACAACUCUCAUAAAGGUGUGUAUAAAGCCUACUAUCUGGACUCCUUGUGCACAUAAAGGUGUGUAUAAAGCCUACUAUCUGGACUCCUUGUGCACAUAAAGGCCUCAGGCUUGAAGCUCACAAAGAGAUGGAGCGGCUCCCAGGAGGAGGCACGUUACCAGCCCUGAUCUUAGCAAGCGUGGGGGUCUUGCUUCUAUAUCGUGUACUCCGCCGACUCAGAGCGGGCGCUUCACUCCAGGACGCCGUGGUGGUCAUCACGGGCGCCAGCUCCGGACUGGGCAGAGAAUGUGCUGGCGUCUUCCACAGCGCGGGGGCUCGACUGGUGCUGUGUGGGCGAGAUGCAGCACGACUGCAGCAGGUGGUCCAGGAGCUGGUGGAAGGUGCGAAGGAUAGAAAGCAGCAGUUGUACACCCCAAGGACGGUGACCUUUGACCUGUCCAGCACAGACUCGCUGGACGGCGCUGCUGACGCCAUCUUGAAGUGUUACGGCCAAGUGGACGUGCUCCUCAACAAUGCUGGAAUCAGUUACCGUGGCAACAUACUGGACACCCACCUGUCCGUUCACAAGGAAGUCAUGGCAACCAAUUACUUUGGGCCUGUGGCUCUCACGCAAGCUCUCCUGCCCGCCAUGGUCCGCAGGCGCAGCGGCCAUGUUGUGGUCAUCAGCAGCGUCCAGGGCAAGAUUGCCAUUCCUUACAGAUCAGCCUACUCCGCCUCCAAACACGCCACCCAGGCCUACUUCGACUGCUUGAGGGCCGAGGUGGAGCGCUACGGCAUCGCUGUGACCGUCAUCAGCCCGGGAUACAUCAGGACUAACCUGUCCGUCAACGCUGUCACAGGAGACGGCUCCAAAUAUGGAG